AUGCCACGGAGGGAUUAUGCCGGGAUCUACUUCAUUCCCAGCCCGGCCAGGACGCUCGAGGAAUCGACCAAGACCUCAAAGGCGAUCGACAACUCCAUCAAGACAAUUUUCACGCGGAAGGACUACGAUUGGGUGGAUUAUAAAACCUGGUUUAUGCGGAACCGUGUCCUCCAAACCACCACGUUGCAUCCCUCUCAGUCCGAAGGACAACCGGGACAACCUGCACAACCGCCCUCUUACCAGCACAUCUUUCAGCUACGUUAUUCGGAUCAGGACGACCAGGAGAUUGAGGAGAAUCAGGUGAACCCAGAAAGAGCGUACUGUUGCAUACAGAAACCCUCCUCGCAAAAAGACCCCACCCACAAGGCUUCAGUAUCCCAAGGAACCGAUGCUCCUUAUACCCCAGGCGCAAUCGUCGAGGUCCCCGCCGAUUCCGCCGAGAACCACAUCAACUUCCUCGAGCUCACGGGCCUCUGGAGCUUCCGUCGUGCAUUCGAAGUGCAAGACGGACAGCUGUGUAGCUUGAUACGGAUGUACGACCCGGACAAGGGGUGUGAUACCGGCACAUUCCACAUGCGCGUGGGCAUCGUCACGGCAUCGCGCGAACGGCGCUUCGGCGGCGAACUGAGGUGGGACACGCGAUCGCCCGGAGUGAUUCUGGAAAUCACAUACAAGAACGUCAACGCCGACAGUGAAACCCAUAACAACGUCGUCGAUGAUGAAGAAUACACGCAAGCGCUCGUAGCAGACGCACAAGAACAUAUUCGCGGAUUAUGGCAAAGGCUGCAAUCAGGUUUGGAUCUGCCUCAGUCGUCGAAUCUCGAUAUCAAGGAAGUCAUGAUGGGGCCAGAGCCGCUCAGGCAUUCGUCCGUGGGAGGCGGAGAAGCGCAAAGUCCGGCCGCGAUUGUGCGCAUGUGGUGCGAAUUGCUCCGCCGACUGUAG